CUUUCAUUCCUUCGCUAAAAUAUUCAUGUUGCAUAGAAGUGGAUUCUUGAAGCAUUUAUAAAAUACAGAACAAACAAGAAACUAUCCAUGCCAUAUACAAUAUUUUAUUGAAACACCACUAUUCUGAUGAAUUUUAUAUUAGGAUGCAAAUAAUAGUGGGCUGAAAAAAAAAGAAUAUGCAUAUCACAUUUUGGUGAUGUCAGUUUCAAUAAUUUGAAGCUCUUUAUUCAUUUUCUUCCUAUAAAACUCCUCCAUCCUUUGUUUUGUGCUUCCUUAUCAGCUCAGAAAUCUAAUUCUAAACUCCUUCAGAUUGCUCAUAGUUUGAACAUGGAAAUAUCUGGAGCUCUCUUUCCUGCAGCAGAAAACUAUGGCUAUGGCAUGAUCCAAAACCUCAAUAUCAAUGGGUUAUUGUCUUAUAUUCCAGUUAACUCCACCUCCACUUCUGAUGAAGGUGAUUACCAGACUCAGAAACAUGGGAUCAUCGUCGACGAGAGGAAGCGGAGGAGAAUGAUAUCGAAUCGGGAAUCGGCACGAAGGUCGCGGAUGAGGAAACAGAAGCAUCUUGAUGAGCUUUGGUCACUUGUGGUUAGGCUCCGGACUGAGAAUCAGAGUCUCAUGGAGAAGUUGAAUCAGUUGACAGAGUCUCAAGAACAGCUUCUUCAGGAGAAUGCCAAGCUCAAAGGGGAAGCCUCGGAUUUUUUUCGGAUGCUCACUGGCCUUCAAAUGGGCAGUCCUUACACAACUCACAUGAGAGAGCUGGAAGAAGUCCCCUGCAAUACCUUUGAUCUCAUAGCUGAAUCCUCAACCCAAUCCAAUGAGUAGAGAAGUUCCCUUCACCUGUUUCACUAAGAUCAUAGCUAUUUUCUCACUAUAGUUCUUUAAGUUUCUCUCUGUUUUAGCAUGCUUUGUAACCAGUCUUUACCUUUUACUCAGCAGUAUAAAUUGAAGAAAUAACAAACUUUAACCAAUAGUCUGCAUCAAUACCAAGUGACACUACUGAAUUUUUUAGACCCUGAAUCAAAAUCAGUUCAGAUAACACCUGGGUUUUCUCAUGGGACUUUUGUCAAACACGUGGUGGGCCAAAAUACUCGAAAACUGUUCAACAGAUAAAAGAAGUAAUGGGGAACCAACUAAUCAAAUGAAGCCAGAGUUUUGUCCCAAUUGCAGUGAAAAAACAAGUAUAUUAUCCAAGAGAAGAGAAAGUAGGAGCCAAUAAAACAAAAUGGUUGUGCAAGUGGUGGAGAUAGUGGUAAUUCAUCAGAAAAAAUAUCUACACAAAAUCAAAAGCAAAAACGUGUGAAAAAAGAGGCAGUCAUCCAGACAAAUCCAUCUGCAAUUGAACUCGAAUUGUUUUGUUUUGUUUUUUUUUACCUGGGCAUCAAAUUCCCUGCCUGCCUCAACUUCGUUUUUGUCCUCAAAUCUUCAUUUCGGAUUCUGCAAAAUCAAAACUGGGAACAAAUUCCAGUUGAAGAUUCUAACUAAAAUCGCGUUUUGAUUCUUCUUUCAUCCUUCAAUCGUACUUGGGUGAAUAAAUAUCUCCAUUUCCUGAUUCCUAGCUGGGUAUCUAGAGAUUUCUAGUGUGGUACAUUUUUAAUGGGUAUAUUAAAGUUUGUUUGAGAAUACUUUUUCCACUCUCCUGCUGCAGUUUUUUUAGUUCUUUUUCUUUAGAACCACAAAUUUAGUUGUAGAAAUUCCAUAAGGUGGGUAGGUAAAAGAAAUUGCCAACCCAAUGGGCAGUGACAACUCCAUUUGCAAAUUUUUUAAUC